AACCAUCUCCCAACUCCUAAAGUGGUUUUAAGUGGUCAACAGCUAGAUUUUUUUGGGUCUUUCUUUACUGAGAGAUCUUCCCUAAGCAUAACCAAGCAAGUUCUUUAUUUCAGCCACUUACUAGGAGAGGGAGGGAGCUAGUGUUGUACAAGGUUGCUAAGGAACGCUUUGUAUGCUAAAAGAAAAGGGAAUCUGGCCACUCCAAACAUCCCAGAAAUGCUCUUAGUGUCAGCUUUGUACUCAGGAGCAAGGAGUUUCUGAAGUUCAUUGUGUGUGUGUUCAGAAAAGAUAAUGGACUUUUAAUCAAAAUAAAUAACACAGUGGUACCAACAAGCAUGAGUAACAAGCCUUUGGAGCAAAAAAAAGCAAUGGACAAGAUUGCAGAGCAGCCUCCAAACAGGACCAAAGACUCUGGGACUGCAAGAAGUUUGGAACAACUUGAAAACAGACUGACUAUUCAUGAUUUCAGGAAAAUGCAAGAGCUUUUUCAGUCCCCAGGAUCAAAGGAGAACAAGGGAAUGAUGACUAGAGAAGAGUUCAUUGAUAAAAUGUCCACCAAUAUUAAGCGAGGCACAAAGGAAGAAUAUGGUGAACUAUUUAGCAAGGUAGAUUUGAAUCGAGAUGGAGUCAUUGACUGGGAGAAACUGACCUCCUUUGUGCUGCUUGAACUGUAUGAGAGAGAUGAACGAACCAAACUAUCUGUCAUCCCCCAGUGGAAGGACCUCCAGCUUCUCCCACUGAUCCAUAAAGAUGUGAUUCAAAAUGUGCUGUUUUUGAAAAGCCAUGCCAGCUAUUUGACUGUGAGCAGGAGUGGAUUGCUCGGUCUCUGGGGAGAGAGUUUAAAAUUACAGAAGACACUUCAGAUCACUACAGAAGUUGUCAAGCUGAAAGACCUCUGGGUGACCUCUCUGGUAGCAUUACCAAAUGUUAACAAGGUAGCAGUUGCAUUCACAAGCAAGGAAAUUUAUUUUGCUGAGCUGAAUUCCAAACAAGGAUUCUCACGUAACUAUAAGCUUCAAGGACUUAAAGGAACUGUGAUAUGUAUGGACUACUGGUACAACCACCAUGAUGAAAAUGAUGCCAUUCUGACCAUGGGGGAUGUCUGUGGACAGGUUCAAGCAAUUGCCUUCAACACAGCCCAGAUUUCAUUAUUUGAGCGACCUUCCAGUUCUUCUGAAGAUGAAAAUGUGAUGAGGACUAUUAAUUGGCAGGAACUAGCAUCUGGGUGUCAUAAAUGUUGCAGUACAUUAAGGCACAACUUCCAUGGUAAAGAAUGGAUCAGACAAGUUGCAUACAGCUCAUCUUUAGAUGUAUUUAUUUCUAUUUCAACCAGUAGCACAAACACUUUGGUGCUAGCUUGGAGAGAAAAAUUAAGUCAUCGUCUUAGAAUGACAACUUUCCACAUAACCCAAGGAGUCAAUGCUUUUGAUUUCCAUCCCAGACUCAACUUGAUAGCAACUGCAGGAAUCAACUGCCGGGUUUGCCUUUGGAACCCCUAUGUCACAUCAAAACCCACUGGAAUCUUGGAGGGUCAUUCAGACAGUGUAAUAGCGGUCCAAUUCAUUCUGGAACGCAAACUGCUUUUCAGCUUCGCCAAAGAUAAGGUAUUAAGAAUCUGGGACAUUCAGCACCAACUUUGUGUCCAAAGGAUUGCUGGUUCCUUCCCCAAAAGCAUAGACUUCCAUUCCGUGCUGUACUUUGAUGAACCCCAUGGACGGCUUUUUAUCUCAUUGAACAACCAACUUACAUUAUUGGAAAUGGAGCAGGAAUCUGGCAAGAGGAGAGUCAGGAGUCACAGGAAACCAGUGACUUGCAUUCUUUACAACUCUGUUUUUAAGCAGGUAAUCAGCUCAGAUACAGGCUCUACUGUUAUCUUCUGGCUGAUUGAUACUGGGCAGAAAAUCAAAGAGUUUACUAGUUGUCAUGGAAAUGCAGAUAUCAACACUAUGGCACUUGAUGGGACUGAAACCAGGUUGUUCACUGGAGGAAUGGAUGGAAUUGUAAAGGUUUGGGAUUUCAAUGGACACUGUCAUCAUAAACUCAAUGUGGGAAGAGACCGAACUGUUGAAAUCUCCCAGAUUUUAGUGCUAAGCUGGACUAUACUAGUCUUAGGAGGUGACAGGUCAAUUACUGUCUUCCGGCUGAACAACUUGACUCAGUUUUGUGUUCAGCCUUCAGAAUGGAAAGGAGGAAUUCAACACCAGGAAGACAUCUUAUGUGCGGCUUUCCUACCUCCACAGGCUCUAGCUACAGGGAGUUCUGGAGGUGAAAUUGUGGUGUGGAAUAAUAGUACAGAAAAUGCCCGCAGUAAGCUCUGCCUGAAUCCUGGAAGAUCUCUGAAGGCCAGUUCAGGUUCUCAGAUGCAGCAGAACGUAGCUCCUCCUGACAGGUUGUCUUCUAGAAGACAUACACUAUCUUCUGACCACACCAGCUCUGACACAGAAAAUCGCAAGGCAAUAACUAGGCUCUGCUUCUUGGAGACCAGGAAUAUUUCAAUAACAGGAGGAGCAAACCUAGUCUCUUGUGGAGGUGCUGGUUGUGUCAGAUUUUGGAAUACACAAAGGAGGAGCCUACUGGCAGAGUUUGAAGCUCAUGGUGGAGUGGGGCCCAUUAUCAUGACGGUUGAAAAACAAAACCAGUAUCUCAUCACAGGGGAUCUGGUGGGAUGGGUAAAGAUAUGGCACAUAGAGGACUAUUGCCUUACUCUGGGAGAAAAUGUGAUAACACAGCCGCCCCCUCUGAUAAGAUCAUUUCAGGCUCAUGACGAUGGCAUCACUAGCCUGGGGACCUGUAUACAGAACAACAGCCUGUUCAUCCUGUCAUCUUCAACAGACCAUAGUAUUGUUCUUAGUGACAUUUCUGGCAUUCCAUUUGGAAUAUUUGGGCAGGAAGGACAUUGGAGACUUGGAAAUUAUGUCCUGUCCUUCCCUGGUGGAGAAAACAAGUCCCAUACUGUGGAGGAGAAUGACAUUGAAAAGAACAGCCUUGUGUCCUUUGUUGAAGACGAUCCACCCCCUUAUCCCGUGGAACAAGCUGUACCUGUUACAGAGGAUGAAAAUGACUACACAGACAUUACAAAUGUAUGGGACAACACCAUUCUGGGUAAAAGUUACAAAGAGAAAAAAGCCCAGAAAGGAAGAAAAAGUAUCCUCUUGAAAAGAAUUGCUGGGAUAAAGCCAACAGUUGUAUUUAGGUCAUUAAAAAUUGAACCCCUGAAGGAGACGGCGGAUAUAAAUGAGCUCGACUUUCUUGUGCACCCUGACAAAUACUUUGGGGAAAAGUCGGCUGAGAAGUGCUCUGAAGAUUUAAAGCUGCCUACCCUUUCAGCAACUUUGAAAGCAGCUUUUGAUGAAAAGGACCUAUUCCCCAAAGAAAUUCUGGAUCAGGAAAAAAAAUUGCGGCAGCUUUGUGAGGAACUGUCUGACAAAGAUGGGGUAACAAAUGAGAGAAAGCAAAGGAAGUUGAAAAGAAAAUGAAGUGGUCCUGACUUCAAAAGCAAGCCAACUCUUUCACCUUCAAGCUCAAGAGCUGAUGAAACCCUGACCCUUUGCCACGCAACUGUUUUCCUGGCAGACUGAUUCAGUUGGAGGGGAGGACUCACCCUUACUGGCUAGAUGACCCUUCAACCUCUGCUCAGAACAUGGACCGCCAUUGAUUACUUGCUAUGAAAUUCAAAUAGAUAUUGAAGGCAUGUCUUCAGAUUCAGUCAAUUAAUAUGAAAGCCAAGCCAGGCCUACCAUACUUUAUACUGCAGUUGAUUUUUGUGAACCGAACAUAUCUCCAGGAAAGUGUUACUUAUGGACCGUACACUUGAUUUGUAUGCCCAAGGUCCUAGACAAUUUCUAGGAUUUCCAACAUCUGAAAGUCCACAUGGUUGUCAUCUUUGCUGUAGACAAUAUAGACCUAGUUACAUCAGUUAUCUGACUGGAUUAAUGGAAGCUAGUUCCUAACACAUGCAGCACUGUCCACCAUUGUAUAAUGGAGGAGAUUCAUUGUGAUGCAUCAAUUAUAUCUUCUGAUGAAGUUUGAGCCCCAUUAUUGCCAUGCACAUAGGUGCAUGAAAUAUAAAGAUGUAUGUUUGUGAAGUGUUCACAUGCUUGCCCAGUCCCUUAUCCAGGCACUGCCCAUUGGAUUGCUAUGGUUGAAAAAAGGCUAAAAGCAUCUGAAGCCAUUGGCAUCACUUCAUUGGCACUACUAACAGCAAAAAUGUAGGUGUCUUUGAUGAUGAUUGAAGCAUUAGGCUUUCCAUAUCAUGGCAAUACACAACUCCUUUCUAACAUUCCCUUCUCCUCCUCCAGGUUUAUUUGUUAAUGCUGACCUUGCGUCAGGUAUGUUGGCAGGGGCAGGAGUCAAAUGCUUGUUCCUUCAAGCUUUGAAUAAUGUUCUGACAGUAUCCAUCUGUGUGCUUGCAUGUAUGCAUGCAUGUAUGUAAGCUUGCAUGCAUGAUUCCUGCCCUACUGAACAUUAUAGGUCCCCUGAUGAAAUGAGCUUCCAAGAAUCCUUUAGGUUUUCUGGGAAAUAAUUUGAGAGUCCAUCCAUUAAAUAUUAAGAAGAGCCAUUUACGUCUUCCCUUUAAUAGUUUGUAUGCAUGUACAGCUAGUGUUAAUGUGAGAUGACAAGAGCAGCGGGCAGUACAUUCUAGAUCCGCAGAAUCUAUGUUUGCAUUGCAGAUCAAGAGAAAUGCAAAUAAACAUUUUAAGCUCAGUCCUGAAAAUGCCCUUAGAGAUGGUAAAUAACAGAGAUGGGAGAAACCUCUUUGUUUUUUUAAUCCAUUUUCAACAUUUCAAUCACAUCUUAUAGCUCACACCUUUCCAAAUAAAAGAAUGGAUUGUCAAGGUGUCAAACAAGAUAAGAAGAAAUUAAAACAAUGUCUAAAGACAGAGUGUCAACUGGAAAACUCUGAAAAAGGGAACACAUUUAAACCCUAGGAAAUAGCAUAUUAUAUGUAUCAGAAUGUUAGCAGGACUUUAAUACAAGCAGAAUGU